AAUCCAAAUAAAGUACAUUAAAGUUUGUGACUGGGAUAUAAAACAAUUAAACUGCUUUCAUAUCAAUGAUAGAGGACACUCAAUUAAUAAUUAUGUUUUAUCACACAGCACACAGACUGUGCUGUGUGAUAAAACAGCACACUCUGUGCUGUUUUAUCACAGACUGUGAUAAAACAGUCCAUAUUUCCACAGGUGUGAAAUAUGGUAUCGUGUGUAAAUAAUAGUUGUCAUAAAUUGAGCAUGUGCUCGUGUCUUCUUGGCUUCACAUCAUCGCCUCAUGUGACUCGGUGCCACUGUAAGGAUCUUAAAGUAAUCCCUUUGCAAAGGGAUUUACCUUCAAACAAAUGUUGUAAAAAGUCAGGUGAGGCUUUUGCAGGCUUUUACUAAUCAAAAAGAAAGAAACAAAAGCAAUAAAUUGUAUCUUGCAAAACAAGAAAAAGCUACUUUCUCAGCUGAUUUUCAUAGACUUUUUUUUUUUUUUUUACAUUUCACAAGCAGCUGCAGUUAUUCAGGUCAUCCUGGAUGGGAAAAGGCCAAGGAAGCAGCUGGUGAGUUUCUGUGUUCAGUGAGACGUUUAUGUUCCACGGUAGAAAUCAAUGAGAAGCCCUGCAGCAAUAAAGAUGGAGCACAACCGCUGAAACCCCGAAGAGGAAGGCAGAGGAUUGUCAGGAGCAACAGGUACCUCUACUGUUAUCAGACCGUGGCUGUAAAUCAACAAAAUGGGUCUCUCAACUUUUCUUUAUGUUGUCCUAACUGCAUCUCUCUGUUCACCUGGAGGUCUCACUCAAACUUUGGUUUCAUUGGCCGCCUCUGAUACGGUCGAAGUAGCUCAAAGUACAGGUGGAAACACUGACAGGUUGAAAAAUGAAGCUGGCGGAGAUACAUUUGGUUCAGAGAGCCUUGUGGAGGGCAGCGGACAGACUGCUGACAUCCUGACUUCACUGGAGCUCAGCAACGAGGAGACUGCAGUCCGAAAGGAGUCUGAGCAACUGAGCAAUAAAAACCACUCAGGAACUGGAAUCACAUUAACCACAAGACCAGCACUAAGUGUCUACAACCAAGGAGCAGACGAAAAUAAAGACUCAGUUACAGGAUCUGAACGCUCCACUGUGAUAUCUGAGGGCGAGCCUUUGGAUGAUGACUUGCAGAAAGGUGAAGACCACUCCAGAAUCCCAGUCCAAACCAGUGUGUUUACCUUCGUGAAUAAUCCCAGCUUGUCUGGACCUGGGAGCCCAUGCGUGCUCGGCGUCUCGCCUUGCACGAUCUUUAACAGCUUCAAUGGCACCAGCCUGCUGUGGGAUGACAUGAGCCGCACUCUGGCAUUUGCUUGGGAGCUGCAUGUCUUUGGAUCUGCAAGCCUUUUCGUGUUGAUAACAGCUCUGGCGGUUUUGGGAAUUGCUGGAGCGUGCACUCUUCCUCAUACCCUUUGUGAUGCCCUCACGCUUUCUAAUGGUUUCCUUGCUGUAGCAGGUGCUCUGCGCACAGCCCUCCUUCUCGUCGAUCCUUACGGUACCCGUCAGAUCCUGCCUCAUGCCGCUCUGGCAGCUCUACAUAAUAUUCCUUUGCAGCUUCUUCUGUGGGUGCAGGUUGUCCUCGCUCUUGUCACGCUCCGAGGGAUAAAAGUAACAUCUUUCCCUUCAAAGCUGCACUCCCCAUGGGUGGUUGGAGUACUCGGUAUAUCGCACUGCACUUUCUUAUUUUUAGCCGAUCUGUACUCUUCAACCUUGCCCCCAGCUUUCCCUCUUUUGCUGCAGACCGUCUCCCUUUGCUGGGGUAUCCCUUUCUGCCUGGGAAUCCUCACCAAAUCCCUCUCCCACUCACAACAUUUCUCCAGAUCUGCGGUCCCACAGUGGGUUCCCUCUCACAGGACAGAGAGGCUCGGGAAGCGAGUAACGGCUGUGUGCGCCUUCCUUGGUGUGCUCUGUUGCAGCAUUCAGAUAUACACAGUUCUUUGGCUCUACGGGCUCCUGGGGAGCUGGAGGCGCUUUAGCUGGGGUUGGUGGCUCAGUCAGUUCUGGGCCAGGAUUUUUGAGUUAGCAUGGGGAUUCUCUGUCCUUUUUCUUGGAUCUUGGGUCUUCUGGACGCCAUCUAAAGGCCAAGCAAGAAGCAUUGAUUUACAGGGUAGAGAUAACAUCUCUAAAAAGGAAGUAAAGAAAAGCUUGUGGCAAAGAGUUUCGGUUAGCAUGCAAAGAGGCCUGAGGGGAAAAUCAGAGAAAUCCUUGGAAGACUUGAUGCCAAACAACAUUGCAAAGCAUAACCUGUCUAGAUCUGGUAUCAGCAACAAUGCACUGCAUGAUGAUAAGCAAGCUCCCUCUAAACUGGACUACAUUUCUGAUCCUGUUAGCAUCAGCAGCUCUGACUCUCAGACUGCACUGCUGUGGCAGAAAGUUGGAGAACGAGAAUGUGUCCUCUCACUCAUAGAGUUUGACAUGCGACCCCCGUCUCCCAUCAACCUCAGGCUCAGCAUUGACAAUGCCCUUCACCACGGGCAGCUCAUAGCUGGGGCUGUUUUCACGCCUCCGCCUCCCUCUUGGACUCAAAGUUUGAGCACAGAUGGAGCGAGGGGACCAACCACGUUUCCCCCAGCCUACGUCGGAUACGGGUGGAUGUUGGAUACAGAGUCCAUUUCUCCAUCUUUAGACCAUUUCCAGGCCAAGGAGCCAGCACAGUCAGUAAAUGCCACACCAGAUUUUAAUAGCAGGAUUGGAUCUCCAGCUGCUGAACCAACGGGAGAACAAUUUACAGGAGUGAUGCUCCAAAAUGACUGGUCUGAUGACGACGUUACCGAUCUCUAGGCUCAUUAGGGUAGAGUCUUUAAAAAUGCAAAAUAAUUUUUUUUCAAACUCACAAUGUUAUGCUGCAUUAAGUAUAAAACUGUUGCAAAAGAUGGUUUCCCAUAAGUGUAACUAUUCAACUUCUAAAGGUCUAAUUUUGAAUGAAAACUUUGCUAAUUUUUAGGACAGGCCAGUUUAGUUGUAAUUAUAACGUCAAUAUUUCUAUAGAUUUUUGAUUUAUUCUCUUAAGUUUUUUUUGGAGUGUUUUUAUUUUAGGACACAAUCUGAAAGGAGAGCAAAGUACAAAUGGACAAACUGGUUUUUUUUUGCAUAGUUUUACAGUUUUAGUUUAUGUUAUGUAGAACAGAGGAGUUUUUUUUUAUUAAGGUCCAUCAUAUUUCUACACUUUUUUGUAUCAGAUUUGUUUAGUUAUAAAUGCUCGAAGGAUUUUAUGUUGUAUUUGUAAACAAGGAAAAUGAAUUAAAUAUAUAAUGUCAAACCCGCUUAAUGGUUAUUAGUAUUAUGCUCUUGAUAUCUGUUUGUUAUUCUGUGAAAAAAAGGAUGCCACUAUGUGUUAUCAGGGACUCUGACUCACAGCUAACAUUUCAAAGCAUUUGGCCUUUGCUUUUUCUCCUCAGGCAUUUCUUUAAACACGUUAUUUAUAGUUUUUAAAUAUUUUAAAUAAGCAAGAUGGUUUGCACACUGACUCAUUUAUUUCACCACUCCAUGGGACAAAGGAGACAUUUCAUUGAUGUGGCUCUUCAACCAUUAAAAAUCAUGGAGAGGUUGGUGCAAAGGAGAAAAUGUUAGGACUAAUACAACGAGUCUUCAUCAAGCAAAAUGUAUUAAUUGUUUCACAUAUUAAAAAACUAUGUUACUGAAAAUAGGUUUCAUCUGUAAUUUUCACAAGUUCAAUUUUUAGUAAACUGUACAUUUUUAAAAUUUUGUUUGGUUGACUGAUUUUAAAAUGUACAAAAGAAACAAAAGUAAAUGAUGCUUUAAAUUAACUUUAACAGUUCUGACACAAAGCCAGUCGACCUUGGAAAAACCAUUUUCACCUUCAUCCCACUGGGCUCUCUCAAAGUUGUGUACUCAGGCUAUUGAUAUCAACACAACUGUGUACCCCGAAAGAGUUAGACCUGAUCAUUUAAAGCCACAAAAGUGGUAUAUUCCUCAUUUAUAGGAAUAUUGAACAAAGGUGUAGGGAAGAUGUCAAACAAACCAAGGCCUGAGUUAAGUGAAAACAACCUGCUUGUUCAUGAGUGAAAUGAAGGAGAGGAUCUUUCAACCACAGCUCAUAUGGUGAGAAUGCUAAUAUAGGAAGCACUGUUUGUUGUCGUUUUCUCUGAGAUACUAUGAAAAUUUUAAUGCUGUUAGCUCACUUAAAUACUUGGUGACUGCUGCUAAAGAGUGUUGUGCUCAGGCUGUGACUUGCAGAAACUGGAGUGGUAGCUCAGCUGCAGUAUGACAGCAAAAGAAACCAUGCAGAGGAAACUGAGAAACAGAGAAGAUCAUUCCCUCUGUAAAAGGGUGUGUUUAAAUCUGUUGAAACAUAAUUGUUUUUAUUUUAUAUGUUUGAUCUUUUGUGUGUCUCUGUUUUUACAUGCUUGUCUGUUAAAGAUCCCAGACAAACACUAUCUAAUGUUUUUUAUGUGUACAAUAAAUUGAUGAUAAAUUCA